AUGGCGACAUGGAAGACCAUCAACAACUUCUCAGUUCGCGUGAAGCACCUGAACCCGGUGACGGGUCGCUACGUGAAGAUGGCGCUGCAGCUGUACCAGGUGGACGGCGACGACUCUGCGCCGCCGGCCGCCAGCGCCGCCGCCGGCGCCGCCAUCCCGUCCGUGGAGAUCUGGCCGCCGGUGAACGGGCUGGACGAGAGCGAACAGCCGGCGGCCCAGCCUGCAGCCGGCCUCCUCACCGGUCAGCCGGCCUCCGCGGGAGCCUCGUCCGCCUCCGGAGGAGCCUCGUCAGCCUCCAGCGUCGCCAGCUACUCGUCGUCGAGCUCGUCGGGUGCGGAGGAGACGGGCCCGCGGCCGGUCUCGGCGCCGGCCGGCACGCGCGACGGCCGUCUCUCGCAGCAGAGCUCGGCGGACGCUGCCGCCCCAGCCACGGGCGCCCGCCACUACACCAUGGAGUUUUUCGAGAUGUGCUCGGCGCUCAUCACACAGCUGGCCCGCUAGGCGGCGCUGUCCGUCUGUGGCGGCCGCCAAAGGUGGCGUCGCGGCGGCCUGUUGGAAAACUGCGACGCAAGGAUCGGAGAGUAGCGGACAUGAAGCUCCGAAAGCGUGGGGUUCGCGUAGUGGUACUGCGGCACUCGAAUGCUCACCAUUAACUUGAGGAACUUGGAGCGACGUGUGGUUUGGGUGUUGUGAGCAAUUGUGUCCCGUUUUGGUGAAAGUUAAUUGUCCUGCUGUGCCUGGCGCCGUAAUCGUACGAUAACACGGGCCUGUUCGCCCUGUCAUUAGCGAUCGUUUUACUAAUCUGUGAGUAGUUAGUCGUCUCGCGCAUGUAGUCCGCCGCAAACCGUAGAUUGAACACCCUUCGCGUCGUGAGAUGUUGUGCCGAUACCCACAUGAGUGCAAUGGUAACGUAACCUGGGCGCAUCGGUUGAUUUGACAUUUGAUUUUAGCGGCCAGGUAUGGGUGGUGCUGCCAGUGCUGAGGGGCGGGGACACGGCGCCGCGCCCGUCGCUCCGGGCGAAGCGUCGGGUGCGGUGUGGGUGU